AUGUCCAAAGAGGCUGAAUUUGUUAAAACAAUUUCCAAGGAAGGUGAUCCACAGGUGGAUGUUCUUGAAAGAGACGCUGAGUCUAAUUCUGAAAAUGCUUUAGAACCUGAUGUUGAAGAGCUACCAAAGGUGGUCAGAGAGAUUGUUCCAUUGGAAGAUGAUCCUACCAUUCCGGUGCUUACUUUCCGCUACUUUAUACUAUCAAUAAUUUUCAUCAUACCUGGGGCAUUUAUUGAUACGAUGAAUUCUUUCCGUACAACGUCAGCAGCAUAUUCAAUUUUUUUUGUUCAAAUCGCAUCACAUUGGUGUGGCAAAUGGCUAGCUAGAAUUCUUCCUAAAAAGCAAGUUGGUUUUGGAAGAUUGUCGUUCAAUUUAAACCCGGGGCCCUGGUCUAUCAAGGAAACGGCUUUGAUUACAAUCACCGCAAAUAGUGGUGCAACGGGGAGCAUGGGUACCAAUCCUUUGGCGUUGGCAGAACUUUUCUAUGGUGAAACUGUCAACCCUGCUGUUGCCAUUUUCUUCAUGUGGAUGAUUGUGUUUAUUGGUUACUCAUUUGCUGGUAUUGCCAGAAAUUUCUUAUUGUAUGACCCUCAAUUCACAUGGCCACAAGCUUUGAUGCAAACAACAUUAUUUCAAACCCAAAGUAAAAGUGACAAAGAUGCCAAGCAAGCAUCAAAGCAAAUGAAAGUGUUUUUCUUUGUCUUGAUUGGUUUAUGUAUAUGGCAGUUUUUCCCGGAAUAUAUAUUCCCCAUGACUUCUUCGUUGGCUUUUCUUUGUUGGGUUGCGCCAGAAAACUAUACAGCCAAUUUCAUUGGAUCUGGUCUUGGUGGAAUGGGGUUUCUUAAUCUUUCCCUUGAUUGGUCAAAUAUCACCUCGAGUAUUAUGUUGUAUCCGUACUGGGUGCAAGUAGUACAAUUCGCUGCGUUUGUUCUUGGGGCAUGGAUAUUGAUCCCAGCUGCCAAAUGGGGGGAUCUUUCAAGUUAUCCUUACGGGUUAAUGUCAAACAGUUUGUUUUUAGGUAACGGUACCAAGUACCCAACUACCGAGUUGCUCACGCCAAAUUUAAGAUUGAACGAAACCCGAUACGAAGAACUUGGGCCAGUGCAUCUUGGUGCCCAACGUGCUUGGAAUAUGUUUUUCGAUUAUGCUGCCUAUGUUAGUGGAUUCAUGUGGGUUGUUGCUUUUGGUUAUAAAAGCUUGUCAGGGUCGCUCAAAAGAUUGGUGAAGUCAAGAAAACAAAAGGGGUCCAUAAAUUUGCAAUACACUGAUAGGUUGAAUAAACUUCAAGCAGCCUAUGAAGAAGUUCCAUUGUAUUGGUACGCUAUUCUUUUCUUAUGUGCAUUUGUCACUCUUUUAGUGAUAUUUGCAACGAACUCGUUAUUCAUGCCGUGGUGGUGUCUUCUUGUUGGAGUUGCCUUUGGUGCUGUGAUUGUUACUCCUUUAGUUUGGUUGUAUGCUCUAUCCAACUUCCAGUUGCCCAUUGGUACCUUCAAUGAAUUAUUAUAUGGUUAUAUGAUUCAGAACAAAACGUCAAGACAUCCAGCUGGAGCUAUGGUGUAUGGUGCAGUUGGUGGGGAUUUGUUUUACAGAGCCCAGUAUAUUCUUAAUGAUCAAAAGAUUGCCCAUUACAUGCACAUUUCUCAAAGAGCAGUAUUUUUCUCGCAGAUAUUUGGAGAAUUAAUUGGUGUACCCAUCAACUAUGCCGCCUUAAGGUGGGUGAUCCUGUCCAAAAGAGAUUUCUUGGAUGGCACAAAAGUCGACAAGCUUCACCAAUGGACUGGCCAGACCAUUGUCAGUUACAACACUAACGCUGUGCAGUAUGUGAUUUUGGGACCAGAUAGAUUAUUCAAAAACUAUCCAGUAUUGCCAUAUGGAUUCUUGCUUGGUGCUGGUGCUCUACUAGUAUUAUAUCUUCUUCACCGAUUGUUUCCCAAAUCGAAAUUGAAGUUCCAUUUGUGGAACACCACUGUAUUCUUUUCUACUAUGAGUACCUUCUAUGGUAACCUUUCAACGGGAUAUUUUUCCAGAUUCAUUGGAGGGACCAUAACAAUGUUUUGGGCAUUCAGAUACAAGCACAGUUUAUGGAAAAAGUAUAAUUAUUUGUUGGCAGCUGCUUUGGACACUGGCCUUAAUUUGAGUAUCUUACUUAUUUUCUUGUUCUUCUCGGCAGGUAAAACAGUCAAUUUCCCCGAAUGGUGGGGCAACAAUGGCAAGAGUGUGGAGAGAUGUUUUGCCAUGAGUUGA